AUGGAUAAAAACAAAUCAUCCACAGUUAGCAACGCAACAUCUGCAGAAUACAGUACGAACGUGAUUUCAGCAGCAUCAAAACAAGUCAUUACUAGCGCCACUGUUGAAACUUCCUCAGAAGAUUUUCGAGCACGACCAAGAAGAAUCGUGCAAAAUUUCCUUUUAGUAUGGCUCGAUGCUAAUAUUGAUGAAGGAAUGGAAGAUUUUCAAAAGUCAUUGACAGAACUUCGAAAUAUUAUCGUGACAGUAGAACCAUUUACUGACGUCGAUCAAUGUGUUGAUUACCUAACAAGUAUAGAUGAUCAGAAAAUUUAUUUAAUUAUUUCUGCGUCACUUGACCAAACGAUAGUGCCGCUUAUACAUGAUAUAGUUCAACUUGAUAUGAUCUUUGUUUUCUGUUCAAACAAAGAUGACCACAAAGUAUGGGCGAAUGAAUGGUCGAAAGUGAAGGCUCGUGGUGGAAUGAGAUUGAUAAUAAAUUUGAUUGGGAAAUCAAAUACAGUGAUGACGUUUACGAAAGAACAUGUAUAUAUCCUUUAUAAAUAUCAUCAAAAAGAGUCUAUAUGCAUGCAACUAGCAAAGGCGAUACAAUCAUGCGACCACGAUUCAAUACCGAUGAGCUUCAUACCAAAGCGACAAAUAUCAGAUACAGCAUCCAACGACCAAAAUCUUGAUCAAUUACCACCAGCUUACAUGUACUCGGUGAUUUUCAAGGAUAUCAUAUUAGAAAUCGAUGAUGAUGACGAAAAAUCUGUUAAUACUUUAGUGAGUUAUUGUCGUCAACAAAAGAUUCCUGAAAUACAGAUAAACUCAUUACAGAGUACUUACCACCAGAAAUCACCAGUUUGGUGGUAUACGAAACCAAUGUUUCUCUUUAGUAUGCUAAAUCGUGCCUUACGAAUGCUCGAUAUGGAAGUGAUGAUAAAAUUAGGUUUUUUUAUUCGAAGUCUGCAUCUACAGCUGGAACGAUUGCAUCAAGUACAGUCGGCAAAUUUCCAACAAACUUUUACCGUUUAUCGUGGUCAGGAACUCAGUCAACAGGAUUUUCAGAAUCUCUGUAAUUCAAAAGGUGGUCUACUAUCGUUCAACAACUUUUUAUCGACUAGUAAGAAACAAAACGUGGCCAUAUCAUUUGUUCAACAGGCCCUACAGAGAAAUCCAGAUAUUGUGGGUGUUAUGUUUAUUAUGACAAUAGAUCCAAGUAAAAUAUCAACUUCAAUCACACCAUUCGCAAUGAUUGAUGAACACAGUGCUAUCCCACAAGAACAAGAAAUAUUAUUUACAAUGCACACUGUUUUUCGUGUUGGUGAAAUUAAACGGACGGCUGAGAAUAGUCGUCUUUGGGAAGUACAAUUGGCUAUUACUGACGAGAGUGAUCCACAACUGGCUGGUCUUACUGAUUGCAUCAAACAAGA